AUGAAGAACCAGACAGAUGUGCAUGAGUUCUUCCUCCUGGGUCUGACAAAUGAUCGCAGACAGCAACAUAUUCUCUUCAUACUUUUCCUGCUUCUCUACACAUCCUGCUUGUUGGGGAAUGGAGCCAUUUUGGUUGCAGUCCUGGCUGAUCCACGGCUUCACACCCCCAUGUAUUUUUUUCUGUGCAAUCUCUCUUGUCUAGACUUAUGCUUCUCUACAGUUACGGUGCCAAAAAUGCUGACUGGCUUCCUAAUGGAGCACCAGUCUAUCUCUUUUAUUGCCUGCCUGACUCAGCUGCACUUCUUCCACUUUUUGGGCAGCAGUGAGGCUCUGCUUCUGGGUGUCAUGGCAUAUGACCGCUACGUAGCUAUUUGCAAUCCCCUGCGUUACACUGUCAUCAUGGGUAAAUGGGUUUGUAUCAUGCUAGCUGUGGCCCCCUGGACUACAGGCUUUUUUCAUGCCCUUAUGCAUACAGUAGUGACCUCUCGGCUAUGGUUCUGUGGUCCCAACCUUGUCCAGCACUUCAUUUGUGACAUCAAACCCCUCCUAAAAUUGUCCUGCAGUAGCACUGCCCUCAAUGUCACCCUCCUCAAUAUUUUUGCUAGCUGCAUCGCUCUGAGUUCCUUUCUCCUGACUCUCCUCUCCUACCUGUACAUCAUCGCCUUCCUCUUCUUCAAAGUCCAGACAUGGCAGAGCCGUUGGAAAGCCUUCUCCACCUGUGCUUCCCACCUGACCGUUGUAGCUCUCUUGUAUAUUCCUGUCCUUUCCAACUACAUGCUUGCCUCUGCUGGAAAUGCCUCUGAUAGAGAGAUGAUCAUCACUCUGUUGUACAGUAUAGUCACUCCUGUUCUAAAUCCUCUGAUCUACACACUGAGGAAUCAAGAGGUGAAAUCAGCUCUGAGAAAAUUCCUAACAAAAAAAUUCCUUCCUGGAAGAACAUGA